GGGCGGUGAUUCCCCUGAGGCAGCCGCUCCCCUGAGGCAGCCGCGCGGUGCCGUUGCAGAUGAGCAGGGCGAGGGCGGACGAGGAGGAGUACUGGCACAGCUCCAAGUUCCGUGCCUUCACCUUCGACGACGAGGAUGACGAGCUCUCGCAGCUAAAGGAAUCCAAACGGGCUGUGAAUAGCCUUCGGGACAUCGUCGAUGAUGAUGAUGACGACGACCUUGAGAGGGUCAGCUGGAGCGGAGAACCUGUGGGAAGUAUCUCCUGGUCAAUCAAAGAGACAGCAUCCAGCAGCACUAGCUCGCUGGAGGGCCGAGACUCCAGCCUACAGAAGGGCUCUUCCUCCUAUGCUGCUUUUCCCAAACAAGUUUCCUCCUACUCCCUAAGCAGCCUAUUCAAAGGACGAAACAAACUUCCAAGUUUCCAGUCCCUUUCAGACGCCCUCUCUGACACAGGAGUUAAAAACUACACCCCAGAGCUGCGCAGACCGAAAGCUGAAUACAAGGAUUACAGCAGUGAUUGGAGCCCCAAAGAUACAGUCAGGCGAAUGCAGAGAGGCAAGGUCUGCUCUCUAGAGAGAUUUCGCUCCCUGCAGGACAAGCUGGUCCUCUUGGAUGAAGCUGUGGGAGGGCAUGAUGGAAAUGUCAUUACAGCUGUCCUGAUAUUCCUGAAACGGACGCUAAGGAGAGAGAUCUUGUUUCGGGAGCUGGAGGUGCGGCAGGUGGCCUUGUGUCAUCUGAUCCAUUUCCUCAAAGAGACGGGUGAGCAGAAGUUGCUUCUGGAUCUGCUCAGGUUCCUAGACAGGACUGAGGAAGUUGCUCUGUCCCAGUACCAGGAGCAUUUGAACAUCCAGGACGUAGAAAAAAGGAGGGAAUUUCUGAAAGGCUGCAUUGGGCUGCCAUUUUCAGCUGAGGAUACCUCUCACAUCCAAGACCAUUAUACCCUGUUGGAGCGACAGAUCAUCAUUGAGGCCAAUGAUCGGCACUUGGAGACAGCUGGGCAGUCAGAGAUAUUUCGGAAAUAUCCUCGCAAGGCUUCAAUUCUCAACAUGCCAUUAGUGACCACCCUCUUCUAUUCCUGUUUCUACCACUACACAGAGGCUGAGGGAACGUUCAGCAGCCCGACCAACCUGAAGAAAACAUUUAAGAUUCCUGAUAAGCAGUAUGUGCUGACUGCCCUGGCUGCCCGUGCCAAGCUGCGAGCGUGGGAUGAUGUGGAUGCCCUCUUCACCACCAAGAACUGGCUGGGCUACACCAAGAAGAAGGCACCUAUUGGUUUCCACCGAGUGGUAGAGAUCUUGCAGAGGAACAAUGCUCCUGUGCAGGUGCUGCAGGAGUAUGUGCGCCUGGUGGAGGAUGUGGAGACACGGUUGAACCUCGCCACCAAAUACAAGUGCCAUGAUGUUGUCAUUGAGACAUACAGGGAUCUAAAGGAUCGCAUCCAGCUGACAGCAUAUAAAUGCAAGGUGGAGCGAGGCUCUGCAGAAGAAGACAAGAUAAACAGCAUUCUCAACAACAUGCAAAUCCGAUGGAAGAACUGAGCACCUGUGAAGCAGCCUGCUUGGCUGUUGCCAGUGAAAGAGGAAACUGCAAAACCCAGUCCAGUGCCAACAGAGCAACUCUGUUACUACUCAUUGCAUGAUCAACGUUCGUCAGUGACAGUGGGUGCCUGUGUCUUGUGGGACAAUGGCAUUCAGGCUGGUUGAAGGCAGCUGCUCUAAUGUAGCCAGCGAAACCAUGGUACUGAUCCACCAGGGUUGAUUCUUUUUGGAAUCUGAUUCUCUUUGACUUGGCUGUAAGCCAGGCAUCGCUUUUGUUUAUGGAGAGAAGUUGCUGGGCACAGCAAGGUUAUGUUUGCUGUGGGUGGUGCCUGGCCUUAUUCUUGCAAGAGGAACAGGUCAGUCACGCUCAAGGGUCUCCACCAAACAGUGCUGACCAGUCCGUGUAACACUCAAGCUGGCUUGGGCAUCACCAGUCACAGCUGUGGCUAGAGUAAAGCCUACUGGACUGUGUUCUCCCUGCAUCAGAGUGUGUUGGAGGAAAGGACCAGGUGCACCUUAAAGCUCAUUUUUUUUGUUGGUUUGUUCUGGCUUACCCUAGGAAAAGAGGUGUCAUAUGAACUCCUGCAGAGAGCCAGGACAGCAGCCUCUGCCAGUAUCCUUGUGCUGGCACUCUGCAGCUCUUGGAAGAUCCCUUUAUCAGGGAAGAAUAGGCACCUAGUGUGGAGCUGGUCAGAGCCCUGCUGCGUUGGAUGUAGAGCAAGGAGGGACCCCUCUCAGUUGGCACGAACCUGCUGGCUGCAGCAGCUCUUUUCUCCGAGAGUGUUAUGCCAGGAAGGAUUGAAUUGCACUUUCUCAGAAACACAACUCCUCAGGCAACUGCUGGCUUCAUCCUUCCAGACCUCACUUCAAUUCCUUAAAUAAACCUGUCUCUUUCUCCCUGGGCUGUUUAUUUCCUUCCCACACUGAGCACUUUGUCACUCUGUGUGCUAAUCCUGAGCAAUUUAUCACACCUCCCACGAAGUGAGUAUGCAGGGUGUUUUCUCAUGUCCUGAAAAGCACAGUGCAUGUCACCAUGGAGUGCCUUUGCUUGCAACAGUACCUUCUUUCACACCUUCAAUGCCGUCAGCACAGAUGAAUUAAUUUUAAUGUUGUAGGAGAGUUUGUUGCCACACACAAAGGUGAAGGUUGUGUGUAGCGAUGUACCAGUCUGAGGGCAGGUUUGGGUUCCAGCCUCCCUGCUGCACUGUGGACUCUCAAAUU